AUGUCCAAGCCGGUGGAUCACGUCAAGAGGCCGAUGAACGCCUUCAUGGUGUGGUCGCGGGCACAGCGGCGGAAAAUGGCCCAGGAGAACCCCAAGAUGCACAACUCGGAGAUCAGCAAGCGCCUGGGCGCCGAGUGGAAGCUGCUGACCGAGUCGGAGAAGCGGCCCUUCAUCGACGAGGCCAAGCGGCUUCGGGCCAUGCACAUGAAGGAGCACCCCGACUACAAGUACCGGCCCCGGCGGAAGCCCAAGACGCUGCUCAAAAAGGACAAGUUCGCCUUCCCCGUGCCCUACGGGCUGGGCGGCGUGGCGGACCACGAGCACCCGCACGGACUGAAGGCGGGCGGGUUGCACGGCGGGGCGGCCGGCGGGCUGGUGCCCGAGUCGCUGCUGGCCAACCCCGAGAAAGCGGCGGCCGCCGCCGCCGCUGCCGCCGCCCGCGUUUUCUUCCCCCAGUCGGCCGCCGCCGCUGCUGCAGCCGCCGCUGCGGCCGCCGCCAGCAGCCCCUACUCCCUCCUGGACCUGGGCUCCAAAAUGGCCGAGAUCUCCUCCUCCUCCUCUUCUUCGGGCUCGGGGCUGCCCUACGCCUCCUCGCUGGGCUACCCAGGCGCCGGCGGGGCGGGCGCCUUCCACGGGGCCGCCGCCGCUGCCGCCGCCGCCGCGGCCGCCGCCGGGGGGCACACGCACUCGCACCCGUCGCCCGGUAACCCGGGCUAUAUGAUCCCCUGCAACUGCAGCGCCUGGCCCGGCCCGGGGCUGCAGCCCCCGCUGGCAUACAUCCUCCUGCCGGGCAUGGGCAAACCGCAGCUGGACCCUUACCCCGCAGCCUACGCCGCGGCCCUAUGA